CGCCGAGCCCUGCCGGUCUCGGCUGGUCCGGCCCUUUCCCAAAGCCGAGCAGCAGCCACCAUUGAGCGAGGGAGCCACCAGCCACCGCCCGCCCCCAGUCAGUCCCACAGGCCACAGGCCACAAACCCAGUAAUCAUCACUAGCUAGCUGCGCACUACGCCGAUCGAGAGCAUCAUCAGCUGCUGGCAAUCGCAGCCGUCCGGCCGGCCAUGGCCACCGUGCCAGUAGUGCUAGUCCUGCAUGUUCUGCUCGGUGCUGCGGCCGCCGCCUGCGCCGUGGCGGUGGACGCGGCAGCGGCAGCGGCAGGAAGUAGCAAGGUGGCAGCGGCAGGGAGUAGCAAGGUGCCGGCGAUCUAUGUGUUCGGCGACUCGACGGCGGACGUGGGCAACAACAACUACCUGCCGGGCGGCGGCGUGCCGCGGGCCAACUUCCCCCACAACGGCGUCGACUUCCCCACGUCGCGGCCCACCGGCAGGUUCAGCAACGGAUACAACGGCGUCGACUUCUUGGCUGUGAACAUGGGGUUCAAGCGCAGCCCCCCGCCGUUCCUCGCCGUGGCCAACAAGACCAACAAGCAGGUUUUCAGAGGUCUCCUGGGAGUAAACUUCGCCUCUGCAGGAUCAGGCAUUCUCGACACAACAGGGAGCUCCAUCAUCCCGCUUAGCAAGCAGGUGGAGCAAUUCGCCGCCGUGCAGCGCAACAUCUCCUCGCGCGUCGGCACCGGAGCCGCCGGCACCCUGCUGUCGCGUUCCCUGUUCCUCGUCAGCACCGGCGGCAACGACCUGUUCGCCUUCUUCUCGCGUAAGAACAGCACGCCGUCGGACGCCGACAAGCGGCGGUUCGUCGCCAACCUCGUCGCGCUGUACCAGAACCACGUCAAGGCUCUGUACGUGCUCGGGGCGAGGAAGUUCGCGGUGAUCGACGUGCCGCCGAUCGGGUGCUGCCCCUACCCGCGGAGCCUGCACCCGCUGGGCGCCUGCAUCGACGUCCUCAACGAGCUGGCGCGCGGGUUCAACAGGGGCGUCAAGGACGCCAUGCACGGCCUCAGCUUGAGCUUCCAGGGGCUGAGGUACUCCGUCGGGAGCUCCCAUGCCGUGGUGCAGAGCAUCAUGAAGCACCCUCAAAGGCUCGGGUUCAAGGACGUGACGACCGCGUGCUGCGGGUCGGGCCGGUUCAACGGCGAGUCCGGCUGCACGCCCAACGCGACGCUGUGCGACAACCGGCACCAGUACCUGUUCUGGGACCUGCUGCACCCGACGCACGCCACCUCCAAGAUCGCCGCCGCCGCCAUCUACAACGGCUCGCUCCACUUCGCCGCGCCCAUAAACUUCAGGCAGCUGGUGGAAGACGACCGGUACUAGGUAGCGACGUGUGCCGUUGCUGCUGCUUUACUACUGUACGUGCCAUAGAGUUACGGCCGUGUGUGUCUGUAUGUGCUGGUGUUCAUGAUGUAUGUUUCUCGCGGUUUAGAUGAUGAUUAUGGCGGCGUAGUUUGGACUCUGAGAUAACAUGUCACCUCUCGUGCCCUCUGUGAUGAUCUGAACGAA